AUGAGCCACCGGCACUGUGCGCUCAGCAGUCUCCCCAUCGCGCUGGUCCAGCUGCCCCUGCUACUGCUGCAGCUGCCGCACGGUCCGGGGCGCGUCGCGGAACUCGCGGUGGUGGCGGAAUACUCCUCCAAAACCGACCUGGACUAUGAGUUCGGGGACUACCGGGGGAAGUGGUGCAUCGACGACCACGGCUUCGUCUACGGCAUCGGAGAGGUUUAUUACCCGAGCCCCACGGCGUGUCCGUGCACGUGCACCGUGGACGGUCCCGUGUGCGUCCGACCCAAGUGUCCCCGCAUCCACCCCAGGUGCACGCGGAUCAGAUAUAAGGCGUGCUGUCCAGUGUGCGAGGCUGUGGCCAGGGUCUGUGUCUACGGGGGCAAAACGUACCGGCUCCUGGAGGAAUUCAGGUUGUCGAGGUGUGAGCGAUGUCGCUGCGAGGCCAACAGAGAGGUGUACUGCAGCAUUUCAGACUGCCCUGCCCCUCACUGCGUCAACCCCACCUACGAACCCAACCACUGCUGCCCCAUCUGUAAGACUGGCCCCAACUGCUUUGCUGGGAACAGGGUGAUCCCAGCAGGGGAGCGUGUCAACAUCGACGAGAAAACGGUUUGCUACUGCACCUACCGGGAUGGGACGUGGCAAACCCAUCCUCACGCCACCUGCGAACAGCGCCCCCAGCCCAGCCCGACACCUGACAUCGGCACCGAGGCCCCCAGGGACGAGGACGCCAGGGGGAGAGGGGGGAGACCAUUUAUUCCCAGACUGGACGUGAUACCAUGAAGUCAGAAAUAUGUCAGAGAGCUGCUCUGCAGGUACAAAUACAAAUAAACUCUGUCCAUCAGUAUCAGGAGAGGUGAACUGGACUUCAAUACAGCAUUAUUCAACCUGCACAUUUAUGUUGAAAACACAACCAGUGAGAUUAUUUCAGAGCAGUUCUGGCGCUAAUGGCGAGCGUCCACAGGGUACAGCUGCAUCGCGUU